AUGUCUGUCACAUAUCUGAUCGUAGACGACCGGGAUCCUAAUAUAUCGUAUGGGCCUACAAGUGGGAGCUGGACCAAGAAUAACGGGGUGGACAUAGAGUUCAUGUCUACGACAACUGAGGCAAAUACUUUGGGAUCAUCCAUGACAUUCAGCUUCUCUGGAAAGGCCAUGUUUGCUUUUGGUACGCUUGGUGGCAGUACCGACCCACAGACCGUCAAUGCUACUUUCGCCAUCGACGACGAUGACGCUUCUUCUAACAUUAUAACAUCACGACGGGUCGCGUCGCACCACAUCUCUGUCUUCAAUGCGACAUCUCUGGAAGAUACGACACAUUCAGCCAACCUCGAGAUCACCGGAGAAUUCUUCUCCAACUUCUUCCUCGACUAUAUCAUCGUCGAGGCUACCGAGAAUUCUACAAUACCUCACCCGACAACGUCUCGUAUCUUCAUCGACGACACCAGCCCGUAUUUGUCGUGGUCAGGAGACUGGGCAGUCGCUACACCUCCUUGGGUGUCGUUCAACGACUCCUUCACUCAAACAGACGGUACUUACAACGGGAGCGUUACGGGUGCAGUCGCAGUGGGGGCGUCGAUGACACUGAACUUCAUCGGAACAACCAUAGACGUCUACGGUAUGGCAAUUGCUAGCUCCGACCCCCCUGCAUCUUUUACAAUCGACGGCAGUAUCCCGAUCAACGUCUCCAUGCCUGUCGACAUUGGCGAUCCCUCUCCCGCAUUCAAUUGGCACUAUAUCUCCGUCCCUCUCUCAUCCGGGGGAAACCACACCUUGGUCAUCACAUCGGAGAUAGCGAAUUCGUUCUACAUCGACUACGUCCUGGUAGGAUCCGACACAGUCUUCGUUCCUCCGCCCACAGCGGUGAAGGAAGAUACACCCUCGACGAGUGCUCCCGAACCCACGACUACGACGUCCAUGGCUCCAUCCUCGAAUGAUAACAAACAACGGAAUAAAUCUGGAGUCAUCGCGGGGGGCGUCAUUGGUGCUGUGUCGUUCGUUGUCCUCUUGGUGCUCGGAGUGUUUUUGUGGCGACGUAGACGGAGGUCCAGAAGGCAACAAUUCAACGGUGCAUUCCUUCAGGGUGCUGAGUCUCCUCCAAAUGUCAUGACUACCUCGGUCACUCCGUUCCCCCUCACCGACUCUACACGACCGCCUGUGAGAGUUCCACAGAACACCCAACAAGGCGCUGGCAUCCGAUUAGAGUUCAAUGGGGAAGCGGGUAACUCUCGGAUGAUACAAAUCCAGUCACCAUCGAAUGUUUCGAAGGUGGCGAGGGCAUCUGAGGGAUCUGGAGAAAGUCAGACAGAUAGACGAACAACGUUGCCACCAGCAUACACUGCAUAG